AAAUAUAAAUAACCGGGACUCUAGCGCGAUACCUACAUAUACAUGCUAUACUAUACAUAUUUACUAGUAUUUUUCACAAGUUGUGUUGGGCACACAAAAUCAUACUUUGUCCUUUGUAUUUGAGAAGUAAUUAGUGAAACAUCAAAGUGCUAAAGUUAGAGCGAAUUGCAUCAUAGUGACAACAAUGGUUUGAACAUGACAGUCAUAGGACUUGUACCGAGACAUGGCUUAGAUAUUACAUCACAAACGCGUGCCAAAUAGAAGAAAGACUACAGUUAGAGUUGUGAUGUUAUAGAGGGGACUACACCUGGAAAUCUAUUGGUGUAACUGUGCGGUGAUUUCUGUCACGUAGUUCACUUGUGACCCCAUGCAUGAGUUGUAUGAAAGCUAGUGUUCCAAGACAAGCUGAGUACUAUGGAGCAGUCGGCGGGCAAUGGUCGUCUCCACGUGGACGCGGUGCUGGCGCGGCUGGGCGGCUGGGGGCGGCACCAGGCGCUGACGGCCGCCAUGCUGGCGCUGGUGUACGCCACCAACUCCAUGUACAACGUCAACUAUGUGUUCGCCGUCGAGGAUGUCGGAUACAGAUGUAAAAUCCCGUCCUGCGACGGUUCUAACGCAUCCUUCACGACCCCUUGGCUGAACGCGUCACAGAGCUGGUCCGAGGCGCCGGUGAAGCAGUGCUGGAGGCCUGACGUCGCUGACUGUAGCCCGAGCAACGUGACCGACCUGGGGGACCACGCCUGUACCGAAUGGAUCUACGAAAAGCCUGAUAGCUUUAUUGCUGAGUUCGGGCUGGCGUGCCAGGACUGGAAGCAGACGCUGAUCGGCACCGUGCACAGCUUCGGCAACAUGCUCGGCCUACUCAUACAGGGACAGAUCUCCGACAGGUUCGGGCGCAAGACCGCGGCGGUGGUGGCGGGCAGCGCGGGCGCGGUGCUGGGGCUCAGCAAGAGCUUCGCGCGCUCCUUCUGGCUGUACGUGGCGCUGGAGGGGCUGGAGGCAGCCAUCGGGGACGCGCUCUCUCCUAUGUUCAUGCUCAGUAUAGAAAUAGUGGAGAAAAAGCGAGCAGUCCUGUUUCAAAUGAUAUUGCUGAACUGCUACACGUGCGGCCUGAUCCUGAUGCCGUUCAUCGCGUGGGCUGUCCCCUACUGGCGAAACUUCCUCCGCGUCAUCUACGCCCCGACGCUCCUCAUCUUGACUUAUUCCUUCUUCCUGGAUGAGAGCAUUCGCUGGCUGUACAGCAAGGGGAAGAAGGAACGAGCAGUUCAGCUGAUAAGGAAAAUAGCCAGGAGAAACGGAGUCGAGGUCGAUAAUAUGAUGCUCGACAGAUUAGAUUACACUGAAGAGGACACGAAGAGUAACGUUAGUGACAAAAAGCUGUUGAUGAAGACGUUCAAGUCCAGGAUUAUGAUGCAGAGGUUCCUGGUAUGCAUGGUCUGGUGGUUUACGAUCACGCUGAUCAACUACGGCAUGAUGAUCAGCGCGGUGCACAUCGCCGGCAACAAGUACGUGAACUUCUCGCUGCUGAUGCUGAUGGACAUCCCCGCCAACGUGUUGUACUGGCUCGCGCUCUCCAAGUACAAGCGCCGUCUGCCGCUGCUCGUGUCGUUCUUCGUCGGGGGACUGUUCUGCAUCUCACAGCCUUUCCUACCAAAAGGGUACGCGUGGCUGGGGCUGACGCUAUUCAUGGCGUUCGAGAUGCUGGCCACGUUCUCGUACAACAUCGUGUACAUGUACACGUCGGAGCUGUUCCCCACCUACACCAGGAACUCCAUGCACGCCAUCUGCUCGGCCGUGGGGCGGGUGGGCUCGCUCGUCGCGCCACAGACACCGCUGCUGAUGUCGUACUGGUCGGGUCUGCCCACGUUCAUCUUCGGCAUGACGUCGAUCGCGUCGGGGUGCCUGACGCUGCUGAUGCCGGAGACGGCGCGCGCCGAGCUGCCGGACACCGUGGCCGAGGCCGAGCUCAUCGGCCGCAAGCCGCUGCUCAAGAAGCAGACCGCGGAGACCAGCAUCACCUAGCUCACGCGGACCAGCACAGGACGUCAUCGACGAGAUAUUGAUACAGUAUUUAAGCUGUCAUUUACAAAAUUCAUUGAAACAGAAGAAUGUUCUUAGUAAGAUGAUCGCUGUUUCAAUUAUUAUUUAAGAACGAUUAUAAAUUACAGGAAUCAAGUGUAAUUGUUUAAAAUAAGCUAAAGUCAACUUGUUGGUAAUAAAUUGUUUUUGUUUCAAGAAA